AUGAUCCUUCAUGUUGGCCACUUGAAGGUAUCACUGGCUGUAAACCCAGACAUCAGGCUUUUCGAUGACGGAACGGAUCCAGACGAUGUCCGGCGAGGAGCCUUCGCUGACUCGUGGCUGCUAUCGGCCCUCAGCAUCAUUUCCGCGGCCUCGGUAGGGGACGGGGGCGUCGACGAACAGCUGUUCGUGAGUCCCAUCGGGGGCGACGGCCGCCCGGUGUUGGAGUCCUACACGGGGGCCUACGCUGUGAAGAUCACCGUCGGCGGAAAGUGGCAGGUGGUGAUAGUGGACGACUACUUCCCCGCCCUCGAGGCCAGCCAAGCGGACGACGACAACAAGGGACUAGCGGUUGGGCACAGCUACGGGGCUCGCGAGCUGUGGGUAUCGCUCUUAGAAAAGGCGAGGGGAACCGUCGAGUCGCAUUUACUGACCCCUAGAACUGUCGUUCACGCAAGUUCUCCCCGUGCCUACGCCAAGUUCUUCGGCAGUUAUGCCGCCUUGGAGACUGGCCAUGUGCACCACGCGCUAUCGGCCUUCACGGGGGCCCAGUCAGAAGAAAUCUUCCUGGCAGGGGCGGGCAGGGGGGUUGGCAAAAAGAGCCUGUGGAAGAAAAUGACCAAAUACAAACGCAACGGAUACCUGCUUGGGGCUGGUACGAUCACCGGAAACCUCGUCGAAAAGCAGGUCCAGGACAUAGGUCUCGUCUUUGGGGCGGCGUACACUAUCCUGGACGUGAGAGACUCGGACGGGGAGCAGCUCAUCAAACUCAGGAACCCCCCGGGGGACCACGAGGUACACUUCGGGAGGGUACAAAGGUGUUCGGGAAGUACCUAG